AUGAGCUAUUUGUAUGGAAUGGAUUAUGUGACAUGCAUUUUGUUGGUGAAAAGAAAAUUCAGGUUAAUAAAUUUUUUAACCUGGGUAGAUUUAUUUCCUUUGUCUCUUAACCUUGCAUUUAAUUAUUCACGAACUGGGCUUUAAUAAUAGGAGGCAAAGAAAAUUGAGUAAAUUAGAGGGGGUUUUAAAAAACUGAAUUUAAUUUUGCCUUCAAUACAUGACUUGUAGCUAUUCAAAAAAUGAUUUCUUAUAAGGUCCAUCAAGUGACUUUUCAUCUCAAUAUUGUUUUCAAUUCGUCCCUUCAUUUUCCCCCUCCCUUAAGUUGUUUAGAUUUCAAUUUUCAAUUUUCAAUUUUCUCAAGAAAAACAAACUGGAGUUAAUCAUCGGCUAAAGAAAAUACGGCCGUUGCAGUUGUGAUAGAAAUUUGAAUAAUUUACAAAUUAACCCGGAAAAUGUUUAUCGACACAAGCCGGAAGGAAAGAUGAGAAAACCAUCAGAACUUCCUGUAGGAAAAAAAUGUCCCUUAAUGCAUAUUCUUAACUGAUUAUCACUCAAGCUUCCUUACACAAAGCUUCUUGAUAAGAAUGCGAUGUCUUUCUUAAGAUCAAUUUCAGCGGGCGUGCAAAAUUUCCGUCAUUCAUAAAGACACAUUUUACCAGGCGGAAAUCGGAUCUUCGCAUCUGCCAAUAUCGUACUUCCCCCAUCCAAUGAAAAAGGAAACAUUUGGAGCCGCCCAUUCAGCCUUUCAGCAAACGUAUCCUUUCGAAGGAUUUCACUUGGAGAGCAAAUGCACCACAGUAGCGCAUACAUACUCGUACACGAAGGCAGAUCAUGAAUCUUAUGAUCCAUUUUCUUCGGUUAUUUCAGAAUGAAAAUUGAAAUUAAUUACUAGUUAAUGGCAGAAUAAAAAUCCCAAUGGCGGAUCAUUCCAAAGUUACGAACGCACCUAUCAGGGCACCAUAGGAACCCAUCGGAUUAUCCCCAAAUUCCCACAUUAACGUCUGGCCUGAUUUUUGAUUUCAAUUAUGUAUACAAUUAUCUAUGGCUUGUUCACAAUAUCACAUUAGAUGCAUCGCGUGAUCUUAGAAUAGUCGCUUGUCUAAAUUUAACUUUGGUCACGCUACGUCGCGUUUGAUUGAUGGCAUCUCCAAACUCGUGACCUUUCUACGGUGAUACGCCCCAUUAUUUUUCGAAGUAUGUAGUUGCGUCUGAAGAAACUAGAAUGGCCCUGGAAAAGUCCUCGCCUUAGUUGAUGCGCGUGGAUUCGUGCCUUUAGUACCUUUUCUUCCACAAGAGGCAUCAGUUUGGGCUGCAGGUAUUUGACAAUUAUUAUAAUUGAUAUCGCGUGACUGUACCGUCUGUCUAGACUGAUCAUCUCGUCUCUAACACUAACACUGUAUAUUGCCAUGUUUGUUUCAGGAAUGCAGAGGAAUACAAACCUUCCACUGAUCUGACUAGCGCCUGGUGAAUUGAUUUAUAUCCUAAAGGACCUUGAGGCGUAAUAAUUCAUAUAAGCGACGAAAAGUCUUUCACUUAGAAGAUCUUAGAAAAGGUGAGCUGAACGAGAGUGUUGUUGUCCUAGCACAUUUGCAGGUUCCGAUCAUAGGAUGGUAUAGUUUCUCCUAAGUAAAGAGGUAUGAUAAUAAAGGCUGAUAAAAGCAACUCAAAAUAUUUCUUCUUAGUUUAAUUAUCAGUCAGUUGUUUGCCUUAAAACAGCCGCUGUUGGCCAGUAUCCGAGCACUUGAAGGCUGCAUGUUCUGUUCUUUCGAGACAAGUGAUCAAUUCGUGGUUAGGAGAAGUUCAUUUCUUAGUCGUCCUCACUUGCCUCCUCUCUUGGUCCUUCUUGAGCCUAAACGACCUUUUGUCGGAACUCUUUAGUUUAUUUCAUUUUUAACUCCUGUUGGUGACAAUGUUUGGGUAGUUUCUUUCGGAGUUACACUACCACUGCCGAAAAUUCAAAUUGAAAUGGUAGCAGCAGUAACAGACACGCAUUUCUUGUGUAUGUAUGUGGUUCCUCACUUUGACUUUUUUUGUUGACAAUUCAUAAAACUUGAGACGUUUGUGAAUUUAAUCGUCUCUCAUUAAAGCGAAUAUUAAGAGAACUGAGUAUUAGCAAAGGAAAUCGAAACUGAACAGGGAAGUUGAAAUUGGCAUAUCAAAAGUGAAAGAGGAAGUUUGGUUUGUAAUGCAAUCCGAGCAUCGACGAUCAGCAGUGCAAACACUCUUGAUUGAUUCUUGUCAAGAGAUUUUUUUCCUACCCGCUUUGUAAGGUCAAAAUGCUUGCUUCUGUUUUUUUUGGUUGGACUUUUUAGUUGGUGGAACCAAAUUAGCCUCACAGGGAAAAAAAAAAUCAUUCUACAAAUUGACAUUAUAAAAUUACACUCUCAACGGUAUUGAAGGAUCUCCCGACUCCUUUUGGCAAAGUAGGCAAGAUAGAGAGCGGUCAUAAAUUGAAAUUCUAUUCAACAGAUGAUUUGUACAGCGCUCCUCUGCAUGAUGUACCUUUUGAAAAGUCUUGCAAAAAAAGAGAAAAUUUAUAAGAAAUUAAUUUGUUUAAGGACAUUAUCAAUUCUCUGUUUACAGCUCGGUUAUUUUAGGACCUAUCUCACGCUCUCUCGAAAGGUCAAACUUAAAACAUUCUUGGAGCUGUAGGGUUCUUUUCCAAGUUAGAUAUCAAUAGAUAGCUAGCUCAAUCGGAAGAAAACGCUUAGUGGUCGCGUUUGAUCACAUUUUUUUAGCUACCGCGACUUGCCUCUGCCUCCAAAUGUGCAGACUUACUGUUUUUCUUGUUUCAAAAUGGCGCUAACAAAACAGAAAUUACAAAACCUAAAUCGUAAAAUUGAUCUUGAUGUUUAUUGCUACAGCUUUAAAGUAAUCUCCACUGAAAGUCCUUCCACUAGAAAAUUUGGGACAGUUUACGACUUCUUACUCAUUUCUCACUACUUUUCCCAGUUCUAGGUUCAGAAUCUAAAAUAACGUUUUUGGCCUUUUGAUGGUUGGCAACUUUCAACAAAAGUAAAACUUUAGCUCCUGUUUGACUAUAAUGAUCUAUGUCUUACAGGAUUACUGUGAUGGCUUCUGCUCCAACAUUAGCUCCAUCCACCAAGGAGACGACUAAUUACGCAAGAUUAUGUCGCCUUUUAGUAGAUGGAGGCACCAAGGCCUUGAGAUACAUCUUUGACAAGUUCCACUCCCCAGCAAACUUGUUUACCGUUUUGAAAGCUGGUUCUCCAGAACAUUCAACUCUGCAAUCCCUUAAAAAGAAGAGAAUCAUCAAUGCUACACAAUGGGGUAAACUGUAUCCCUCUCCCCCUUCAUCUGUAACAUCAGAAGACUUUGAUAUCACCCUGUUGAUGGUGCUACUGAGGAACAUGUGUGGUCUGGCUGCUCCUGCCACAGGCUGGGAUAGUCUGCCAUCUGCUUCAGACACGAGUUUUGAGGCUAACAUAGCCAGGGUAAAGUACUAUAGGAACUCGGUCUAUGGGCAUGCCGAGCAGGCGUCCGUGGACGAUCCAACAUUUAAUUUAUUGUGGAAAGAUAUAAGUGCCGCACUGGUUGCACUUGGUGUAGAUGCAGCUGCUAUCACAAAACUAAAAACUGAGGCUAUGGAUCCAGACCUGGAGAAGCAUUACCGAGAGCUGUUAAAGGAAUGGAAGAAAGACGAAGAUAACAUUAAGGACCAACUUAAUAGAAUGGAAGGUAUUAACUAAUAAAGGUUUUGAAGAGUUUUUUAUAGUACUAAAUAGGUUUCUUCUUUCCGAGCUUAACUUUACUAUAUGAUUAGAAGAAGGUGUGGGUAGGGCUGAAAUGAAAGCUUAGAAUUAGACAAAAUAAACUUUUCCCUUAAAAAAAACACACACACAUUUAACAACCAUAAACCAACAUAUGAAGAAUCACAAACAGGUUCAAUUUUACUUCUUAAGGCUGUGAUUCUGUGACUGAGCGAGUUUCAGUGACGUGAACUUAACACAAAAAAACAUAAAUUAAGUAGUUGUUCAUUCAAACAAAAUUUGUUUGCAACAAAUAAAGUGUGCACGAAUUGCUGGCGAGUUAGUUGUAUUUUAGCAAUUAUUGGAUCUGGCUUCGUAUGCUCUGAAGAAUUAAGCAAUCCCAGGUGGAUAACUCUCUCCGAGAUCUGCAUAAUUCUUCAGAUCAUACUCAGCCUUAUUCAAUAAUUGCUAAUUAUCUCAGCUGACAAGUUGGACACUGAUUUUUGUGUUUACUGAUUUUCUUUUUUCAGUUAAACUCAGAGAGCAGAUGAAAAGUGAAAUGGGUAACAUGAGCGAGAAGCUAGGGGCUAUGAGAAAUUCCGUUACGGAGGAUGGAGGUGAGUUUCCAAAGAAAUGAAGCUAAAUUUAACAAUUCUUUGAGUCAGGCGAACUUUAAUAAUGUUUUAACGAAAGGAAUUUCAAAUUUUAUGGCUUUUUAAGUGUUCUGUGAGAAACAAACCAUAUCAUUUUCUUUUUAGAUGAAUUCAGAGAACAGAUAAAAAGUGAAAUCGGAAAAAAAAAAUAGCGAGAAGAUAACGGAGGAAGAAGGUCAAUUCCGAAUGUUAAUUCCAUAACUUGGACACCCUUUCUUUUGAUUACAUCUUUCAAUCAGCUUUUGCUAAUAUGAUCACAAGUAUGGAGAAAACUGCCACUUAGAAGCUUAAAUAAUCUUUGAAAUUUCAUAACUUCAGUAAAACCGGAGUCCGGAAAAGGAACAAUAGGAAAAGGAAGCGGAAGAGGAACUGGUAGAGGCCGCAGAAUAACAAGCGGGAACCGAUUUAAGCCGGACAGAUAGACAUCAUAUAUGUUGACUGAAUUUAAAGUGCCCAUCACCUAAAAUUUUUUAUUUUGUUACCUGAUACUACACAUCAUUAAAAUAACUUCUGCGAAAAAAAUUUUUACAUUUGAACUAAACGCGAUUUUUUACACAUUUUUGCGGUACACCCCCGCCACUGAUCGCACAAACUAGCAGGCCCGCAGAUGACGUCAUGUGACGUAAAUUAAGGAACUCGCGUAACCUUUCCUUGUAAAUUUGAACGUUUUCCAAAAAUUCAAAAAACAUCGUAUUUGGUUCAAAUCGCAAAUUUUUUUCGCAGAAGUCAUUUUAAUAAGGUUUAGUUUCAGACAAGAAAAUAAAAUAUUUUAGGUGACGGGCACUCUAAUUCUCAUAUAACUUUAAAAUAAAUUGUACAAAAAAAAAAAAAAAAAAAAAAAAAAAACGUAAAAAUUAACAUUUGUACGAAGAAAUAUUUAUCGUUGGCUUCAAUAAGGGUAUGUUACACGAGGUGAUUUGCAACGACGAAUCAUCGGGUAACAAUAUUGUAACAAUUAAUGUUGCGACAAUUCGAAACGUUUUCGAAACAUUGUUUUUUAACACUCAAAACCGUCGCUGGGAAUCAUCCCGUGCAAUAUCGCCCUUAGAUUGCGAUCUUUUCCUCCCUUUAUCUCCAUACGUCUCUUGAAGGAAGGGAGGGACAAUACAUUAAUUUUCAGCGUUGGAUCACGUUUAAACGAGUCGCCCAGUGGCGCUGGGUUGCCAAAAAAACUUCAGGAUUGUUGGAAAGAUAUGUUGUACGGUAAUACAACGUGAAGUUUACCAGAAGAGACAGCCGAUAGCUUUAAUUAAGAAGGUAGUACCCCCGUCUCAUCCCAAAUAAGGGUACCAGCCCCACCUCUGGUCUCAUUAAACUGAUUGCAUUGAUUCUGGAAAUGAAAACGUGUGACGUGUUAAAAGUUUAGAAAGGUUAAUUAGAUUCACUUCGUAAUUACGCUUGCAUCUUACGAUCCUGAAAAUCUUAAAGAUGUUACACAUCACCGGAGUUUCUAUCACGUCCGCACGUUACAUUUCGUUCACAAUACAUAUAUAGCUAAAAAAGGUUAGAAUCAUCUACCAUAGAUUAGUUUAAGAUUCGCUCAAGUACCUCAUUUGUCUCACCACUAGUUGUUCCCAUGCUCGAUUCAAAACUUAUAGUAUAUCUCAAAUCACAUCCUCUUCUUUCAAAAUCUCACAUACCAGCUCGGGGGCAACUUUAUUAAUUUACUUGUGUGGUCGUCUAUAAAUUUCCGAUAGACAGAAAACGAACUGACCACCCGCUCAAAAUCACUUAAAAAGAAAACAGCCAUCUUGAUCUGAAAUGGAGGCGUCGUCGUCACUAUCUGAAGGCUAGAAGACGGCUGGAGGCUGUUAAUGAAGUGUCUCCCCGCGGUCGAUUAAUUCUUUUCAUCUCAAUUCUUGGUAUUGCUAUUUGUUCUUAUUGCGUUGUUGGCUAAAAACCAUCUCUGCUUUUAUAGGAAGCUGUAUUUUAUGUCUUAUAUCCUACCAGAAUAUGAUCGUUUAUUUGAAGUCUUUUUCCGGUUCCUGUUGCUAUUCCCGUUCCUGUUUUGAAUUUCAGAUUUCUAUUUCCUAGUUUUCCAGACAUCCACUUUAAAUUGUCCUUAAUGAAAGGUGUGUGAUGAAAGUUUAGUUUUGCUUAGUAUAUUCUUCUUCCUGACAGAUAGAACAAGAAAACACAUCAGCGAGGCGCUGAAGACUUUUGUCUCCUUGACCAAAGUCGAAGGUCAGUUUCCUCACACUGUAGCCCGCUAGAAAUUAAGUAUCCGUCUAAAAUAGCUGUUAAAAGCUAGUAUUGCUGAGCUUGGUCUUACAAGUGUCGCUCUCAAAAGAACACUUUCGUAUCGAAGGACCCAUAGUGCUGUAUUUAUUCGCCUUCAAUUAAAAUUGUAAUUCUUUCAGCCAGUGGGAUGGCGGAUGACAUAUCUUGAACUAGAAACAAACGCUUUAGGCUUUUUAUAGUCCGCUUUUUUUCCCGUACGAUUGUGACGUUGGAGCCAGCCAUAUCAGUAGCUUGCGUGGCAGGCGCAAAAGGGGGAGGGGGGAGGAAGAAAAGCGCAUCCUUCCCUUUUUCCCUUCCUCCCAAUCACCUACCCCUUUCGAUGCCAUCUACGAAGGUUACCUACUAGCAUGGUGGCCAUAUUGGUUUUAAGUGUAUGGAGGUGUCGCCCAACUUUUUAAAAUAGUUUUCAGCGAGUUUUUUUUUUAUUUUGCAGCACCACACACCACACUCUAUCAACUACAUGGUAAAGUAGGGGAUCGAGAGAGUCCUCAAACACCCUAACCUAGAGUUCAUAAGCAGAGUCCAUUUUCCUUGAUUUUCGCAAAUUUCAGUCGUCUGCUAAAACUGUUUUUUAGACAAAUAUCUACAACAAAGUUUGUUUCUCGUUUAUUCUCACAGCAGUUGGUGUGGUUGACGAGCAUAUUGAAAUCAUUCGUCAGAACUACAAACGUCAUGAGGGAUGGCUCGCGCCGUUUCCUUGGUGCGAAGACUUUCAGUUUCAGCUAAGCGAUAUUUAUACACGGCUUCGUAUGGUCAGCAGAGAGAAAAAGCGAGAGCAACAGCGGAGAAAAGAGUUGUUGAAACGACUGAAAUCUUCAAACCCCACGAAGAAUGCAAACAACCUAGAAAAAAUAUUGAUUGAAGGAAAACCAGGAAUGGGAAAGACGACAUACUGCAAUAAGGUUGCUUACGACUGGGCAAUAAACAUAAAAAACGAAGGAGAUUGCUUUCCGGAAUUUAAAUUGGUCCUUUUGCUAAAAUGCCGUGAUGUCGAGAUCGAGUCCGACCUUUGA